AUGUUCGAGCUGUCGCCUUUCCCCAAAACCCUCUUCCAGAAAAUCAUGAACAGUCCGAGAAGAGACACCCCUGGGGUGUUGAGGUUAAACGGACGCUCACCCAGGAGGACAGAGAAUUUUCAAUUAGCAGCAGCUGGGUAUGAGCAUCUCGAACAAUCAUUUACCGAAGCCAAAGGAACAAGAAAUCUCGACGAAAAGCUGAUAGACGUAACGGAACACACACUCCCUAUUGAAUUGCUUGGUUCUCAGCUCAACACGGAGGUAGAUACCAAGGAACCUGGGAACUCAUUCAGGCUAUUGGAACAAGAAGCAAGCGAAAGGUUAGCGAAAGAUGGAAAGAAUAUGACUCCGCCGAAGAAGAAGAGUGCGCUUAGGAAGUAUAUCGACCCUCUCCUGACUAUGUUCAACGUCCUGUUGAUUCUCGCCGAUUAUUCUGGAGUACAUCCUUCUUGGCAUUGA